AGAAAGCUUUGCAAUUGGAAAACGGGCUGUUGUGUGCCAAGACACUGAAAUGAAAGGCGAAAUUGAUAUAGGUAAUGUUUAUUGGUAUUUCCUUGUAGUUGAAUCUUUUAUAACUAACUCUUUACAAUAUAAAUUUACAGGCUCAGGAACUGUCUUGCACCCUCAAUGUAAGAUCCUUGCGGAGUCAGGCCAGAUUAUUAUCGGUUCAAACAAUAUCAUAGAAGAAAAUGUGACGAUUAUAAACAAACAACCGACACCUUUAAUUAUUGGUGACGAAAAUGUCUUUGAAGUUGGAUGCUAUGUGGAAGGAUCCAAAAUUGGGAAUAAAAAUAUCAUAGAAGCAAAAGCGAAAAUUUUGGGGACUACAUCAUUAGGUGACAAUUGCGUUAUUGGUGCUGUUUGCUCAACCAAGAAGGAUGAAGUAAUUCCCAAUAAUACUAUUAUAUACGGUUUUGAUUUUCAAAAUUUACCUGCUUUCAUAAAUCCUGGAACAACAACAAAUGAUCUUUCGGGCGAUGAUCGUUACAAACUUUUUAUCAGUUGUUCCAGAAUUUAUGAGAACCAACAAUCAACUCUACAUAGUCGCCACUUGGAUUAUCUUCGUGAGGUGUUACCGAAAUUUAAUCAUGUUCGGAUUGGUGGUGCUAAUACAUCAUCCGAAUCAUCGGCAGCCGGUAAUCACUCGAAAAAAGCCAAAGAAAAAGAAAAAGAAUCGUCUCACUAG